CUCGUAAUUAUGCUAAUAUAAUGAAUGCUUCAUUGAUAUUUUGUUUAUCAAAGCAAUUUAUAAAUGUGGAUAAUAUAUUUAAAGUAAUACUUUCACAACAUUUCAAAAUCAUUUGUAAACUUCCAGAAGUUAAAGAGGUUGGAUGUCUUAUAUUAGAAU